CGCACAGUCUCUGUGGGAAGCGGACAUGCUCGACCCUACUCGACCGUCAACGAUGCGCCGCAACCGACACAAUCCGGCAUUGCGCCUCUUCCGCACCGCCGCCUCAUCUCCCUCUCCGGCCCAGACACGAUCAAGUUCCUGCAAGGCUUGAUUACAAACAAUGUACACGCCGACCGUGACCAGCCAUUCUUCGCUGCUUUUCUUGACUCCAGAGGUCGAGUGUUAUGGGAUGUCUUCGUAUGGGUAUACCCAGCGCUGCUGGCAGAGAAGGGGACGUGGAGCUGCUACAUCGAAGUCGACAGUUCAGAAGUUGAGGCCUUAAGGAAACACUUGAAGCGUCACAAGCUCAGGAGCAAGGUUGCGAUCGAGCCUGUCCCUGAAGAAGCACUGGGCGUCUGGGCAGCAUGGGGCGAGGCACACGAAAGCAUCAACGCGCAGGCAGUCAUUGCAGAGCUACCUGAUCCGCGUGGUGAUCUUUCGACGCUAUGGAGGAUACUUGCGAAGCCUGACAGCGACCUUCUUGGUGAUAGAGUAGAGGCACAAGACACCCAACAGUACCACUUGCAGCGCUAUCAGCAAGGCAUUGCUGAAGGACCACAAGAGAUUCCAAGAGAGAGUGCAUUACCGAUGGAAGUCAACAUCGACCUAGCUCAAGGCAUCGAUUUCAGGAAAGGCUGUUAUGUUGGCCAAGAGCUGACAAUACGAACCAAACACACGGGCGUUGUUCGCAAGCGGAUGCUACCUGUAGAGUUGGACUUCGGCAAUGGGAUCUUAGGGACCUCGCUCGAAUCUGGUACAGAUAUAAAGCAGCUCGACGAGGCGGGCGCGAUCAAGAAGGGCCGCGCAGCGGGCAAGUUUGUAGCUCACAUCGGCAAUGUUGGCCUCGCGCUGUGUCGGCUGGAAAUGAUGACACCGAUGAAGAUCAGCGUGGAGGGUGGAAGCUACAAAGAGAGCAUGAAAUUUGGCGUCUCUAUGGGAGGAGGUGGGGAAGUAGUCCAGAUCAAGCCCGUACUGCACAGGUGGUUCGAGGAAAGGGAGCGAAUACUGUGGGCGAGGAGCAAGCCGAAGAUU